AUGAUACAUCGUGGAAAUAUAAUUAUUUGUAGUAUUGUUAUCAUUCCUAAACUAUUUUUUCUUUCAAUAUUACAACGAACAAAACAAUUAAUUCGUCUAUUAAUUGUUCUUCCUAUUCCUUGUAUUCUUCAACCAUUUACGAAAAAACGUCCAAGUACAUUUUAUGCUAAACAUACAUCAAGAUCAAUUUAUAAUAUAAAAAAUUUAUUGAAUAAAUCAUUCAAUGUUUCACGUAUGUCACAACAAUCAUCUAUUAUAGUUAAUACUUAUCAUGGUCUUGUUCUAUCACCUAUACUUGAUCAAUUUUCAAUUAAAAGUGGUCAUAAAUUAUAUAAUAAAACAUGUCGUAGCUCAACAAAUUGUACAUUUGAUGAUCGAUUUAAUCGUUCGUUAGUUAUUGAACAUAUUCAAAUCGAAUUAAUAGAGAAGAAUUAUUCAAAUUACAGAAUUCGAAUUCAACAUGCAUUAUCUUAUAAUAUUCAAAUUUUAUCAUUAUGGAAUAUUGGCUUAACUGUUCAAAAGCAAUUCGAUAUUCCAAGAAAAGAAACAAUUGUUGGUAUUGAUGUAUAUUCAACAAUAUCUAUAUUUGAAACUAACAUCAAAAUUCAACGAUGUAACAUAAAUUAUUCACCAUUUUUAUCAUUAUGUACUCGUUUAAUGACAAAUUUUGUACUUAUGAAUGGGGCAUUCUGUGAACCAAUUGAUGAUGACACUACACUUAUUAUUAAUCGAUAUAAACAUUUUAUUGAUUAA